AGAACACAGCAAUUCGCUGCGUUCUCUCAAUUCAAGAACUCGUUCCUGGAACAUUUUUGACGUAAAUAGUCUGACGUAAACAGAUUGUACUUCGUAUGUGACCACUUGAAGUUUGUUUAAUUUGGUUCAGUUCAGUUGUAUAUUGCUUCUGUCAUUUGGAGAAUGGUUUUAAAAACUAACAUAAAGUUUGCGUGAAUUUUGUGUAUACUAUUCCAAAAAGGAAACAUGUCAAAAUUAAAGAGGAGUGCACAAAGUGUUAAGGAUGAUGUUAGUUCGUCCGGUUCAUCUUCCUCUCUGUCAUCUGAUGAGGAAGUUGAUAUGCAAGAUUUGAAAUCAAUUAAAGAAUAUUUAUCGGAUCGUCGAGAAUUAGCUCGCCAACUUUUUAAAUCUGUGAAAGCAGAAAAAAUACAAAUGAUGUUACCACAAAUAUUAAAGAAAAUGGAUUUAGGUCAAUUGGAAGAGUGGUGUGGAAAUGAAUUAAGCGGUAUGUCAAAAUCUCGUAUAUUGUGCAUUUUAAAUGGGAAAACUAUGACAGAUUCUUCAGAUACAACUGAAUCUGAUGAUUCAGGACCUUCUUUAGAAAUUAUCUCAGACACUGAGGAAUGGUUUACUGACGAGGAUUUAGUUAAAAAGGAAGAAGGUUCUCAGGUCCUUAAGGGGAAAGUGAAUAAAGAACGAGUUAAACAAAAAGGGAAACUUUUAUCACAGAAGAAAGGUGACAAUAGAUGUAGUAAUAAGAAAACUCCUGACAAUAUUCCUAAAAACGUUCAAAUAAAAAAGGAGGAAGAAGUGGAUAAACGUAAGGAAAAAGAAGGUGAUAGUCUAUUAGAUUUAUUAGAAUUAGAAAUGCGAGCUAGGGCAAUACGAGCUUUAAUAAGGAAAGAGGAAGAUAUUGUACCAAAUGCUGCACAGUCUAUCGAAGGAAAUACUGUUCCUAAUGCUAGAAAUAAAAGUGAACAAGAUGAACAGAGAGAAAAAGAAAGUUGCAGGAGGCAAUUGGAAAGACUUAUUGGUGCUCAGCAAAGCAGUAAUAUUGAAGAUGAAGAUGUAGUAUUAGUUGUCCAACCCACUACCACUAUUGAGUUAUUAUCUAGUGAAAGUGAUGGAGAGAAUCAUAGUGGAGUACGUAUAAAUAAAAAAUUGCAAAACGAACGUAUUAUGGAAACUGAAGAAAAUGUUAAUUUCAAAAACAAAGAAACAAAUACUGCACAAAGUACAAAUGAGUCAAAUAAUUCAAAAGAUAAUAAAGUUAUUGAUGGUACAUCUGAAACACAUAAGAAUGAAGCUUCUAAACGCUUGCAUAGCGAUAAUUUAACCGAUAGUGAUGCGAAAGUUGGUAUAAAGCGAAAGAAAGUAAAGAGAAGAUCGCAUGCUAAGGAACAACAAAAGACUACAAGUUCUAAGUCAACCAUACAUAAAAUAAAAUCGCAUAGCGAAAGUCAACAUAAAAAGAGCACAAAGAAUGAUGAGUCAGGUAAUGAAAAUGUUAAAUUAAAUGAAAAUGUGAAAUUAAAUGAAAAUGUUAAAUUAAAUGAAAAUGUUAAAUUAAAUGAAAAUGUGAAAUUAAAUGAAAAUGUUAAAUUAAAUGAAAAUGAAAUCAGAGAUAGUAAUAAUUCAAAGGUUCAGGACAAGUUAGUGCCAAAAAAAGAAACUUCAACAGAGCAUUUAGAUGCAUUAAACAAAGCAAACUUGAAUGAAGAAAUAUCCAGUGAUUUGGAUGAAAUAAUUGAUUUAGAUAAUUACUGUGACAUUGAUGACAUAGAGAAUAGUGAGACCGACAAAAAUAAAAAGAAACUGCAGACAGUUGAACAAACUAAGUCUGAAGUAGAAACGUCCUCUGCACAAAAGUCAAAUGGGACUGAAACAUGGGCUAGUCGAUACUAUCAAACGGAUGAUGUUCAAAAUGUAAUUAAAGACUCGAAGAUACAGUCAGAAAUACGAAAACGGUUGAGGGAACGACAAAGGCUGUCUAAACUUUCUGGAUCUCCAAAUUCUCCUUCCACAUCCCCAGUGAUAGAAACUGUAGAUAAAAAAGUUUCAGAGAACCAUCCACUGGGUUCUGUGGAUGAGUAUCUAGCUUUAAAGCAAGCUGCCACUGUGAGUCUUAAUAGCUUUGGUAGUAAUAGUAGUAGUAGCGAUUCUAAUACAGUAAAUGAUAAUGCCACGCCUAUCGGCAAUUGUACUGAUAUGAAAACACCAAUCGAAGCAGAACAAACAUCAGGCAUUUAUUCUACUGAACAAAAAGCUAAUCAAGAAGUAAAUUCGAUUGAAAAAAAACAACGGGUCGUUAGUGCAGUUAUACAUACCAGUCCUGGUUAACAUGACUUGUAAAUUGUAAAUUUAAUUAUGUUAACUGUAUAAUAUUUAAAUCUAUGUAUGGAUAAUUAAUUAUAAUCAGUACAACUCGUUACUAUGCAGAGUGUCACCUGUCCACUUCUAGAGUAAAUUUCGCAUCUUAUGAUACACCUUGUGUAAUAAUUUUCUCUCAUUUAUAAGCUUGUAUUAUAGCCUUUGAUUAAAUUUUAAUAUUGCAUCAUGUAAAGAAAUAAUGAUUGAAUCUAAAGUGAAUUUAAAUUUAUGGCGUUGAUGUAUAAAUUCGUUUUAAUUUCAAACUUGCGAAUUUGAUUUAUUACCGUGCUUUGUACUUAUUAGUAUGAAAGUCGUAUUAAUGGAAAGAUACUGUAAAAUAUAUGCAAUCUACGAUUAGCAAUAGUUGAAUUCAAUUUCAUAUUUUUGUAGAUAAAUAUAAGGAAAGAAACUGGAAUAAAAUUCUAUUUUCGUUACUAAUACGGUUAGCGAAUGGAAUUUAAAAUGCGCUUUAUUAAGUUAAUUAAUUUUAAUACCAUCAUAAUCCAAUAUAGUGAGUACCUUUAAUUCCAUCUUACAGUGACAAUUUCUCUAUUGAUAUGUAAUUAUGUAGUCCUUUUAAAGCAUGCGUAUUAAAGAAAAAUGGAAAAGUCUAUCUUUUUAUAAAAUGAACUAUACAUA